ACUGCAAAUAAUAGCGGAGCUAGUGCUAAAGCUCAUAUUGAUGAUCAAUCAGCAAGAACGAUAGUGUAUAAUGAAAUAAAAAGUCUCCUUUUUGAUAUCACUGAUGUAAACUUGCUGAUCGGCGUGACAAAUUGUCACGUGCAUAUGUCUGAUCUAUCUAGUUUAACCGAUUCAUCAGCAGAGUUGGCACGGUCAAAAUUAUCAGAAAUCGAGGUGAGUAAAGAAGCCUCACCAGAAACUGAAAUAAGUGCACCUACUGAAAUCAAG